AUGUAUGAACAUGACAUGCUAUUACAGCAAAUAAGAAAAUCUGAAUUAGAUCAAGAACUUUUAUUUAUAACUCAAAUUAAUCAAUGGGAACAAGAUUCUAUUCGAAUAAUUCAACAAGCUACUGAUAAAGUACGUAAAUAUAUUCAACAAAAAUUUGAUAAUAAUAGAAAUCAAAUUAAUAAAAUAGAAAAUGAAUUACGUUUAAAACGCGGAAUCGAUGAUGAUCAUAGUGAAAUUAAUAUACAACAGUUGAUUGAACAACUUAAACAAUUAUCGUCAAAUAUUGAAAUCAAUACACCAUCAAUUAAUGUAAUUAAUGUCCGAUCAAUAUCAAAUAUUGUAGCAAUAAAUUCAAAUGAAAAAUUUGAUCAAGUUCAUUGUAAUGAUAUUAGAAUAGAAGAAAAUGGUCUUGUUGCUGCUCAUUCAAAUGAUAAAUUGGAAUAUUGUGAAGUACGUGGUAAAAAUUUAUAUUCAACUGAUAUUCAUAGAAUAAAAUUUACAAUAGAAAAAAUGUCAAAUUCAAAUUGGAUAUUUAUUGGUAUCAUAUCACAAUCAACACCACUACAAUCACUAUCACAUUCUUCACCUUCAUUUCAUGGAUGGACAGCUGGUAAUCGAAUUUGUCUAAAUAGUUUUGAUAAUGAAAAUUACGGUGGAUACCAUGAUUGUAAGAUUAAUAACAACGAUCUAAUUGAAUUACUAAUAAAUUGUUCGAAUAAAAAAAUUCAACUAUUAAAUAAAAAUACAAAUAGAACAAAUGAAAUACAAGUUGACAUACAAAAAUGUCCAUUUCCAUGGCAAUUACAUUUAAAUCUUGUUCAUUAUGAUGAUCGUGUACGUCUUUUAUAG